CGAUUUGUUGUUACCACGAGGACAUUGUUUUCAUCGAAAUCGAUUAAAACAGAGAUAUAAAUUAUUACACAGCACAGUUAUCGCGCAAUUGCUCAUCCUCUGUGCUCGUGCCACCUAAUUAUCUGUUUGCAGUUGACUUGUGAACCUACUUGAGUGUUAUUUUAUUUGCAACAAAUUAUUGCUUGUUAUUGUUGUAUUUAAAGGAAGUGAGGGUUUCCUUUUGUGAUAAACAUGCAUUUACGGACUUUGGUGUUAAUUUGUGUGCUUUCUUUAGCUUUUGGACAGGACAGGAAGAUAACUCCAACACUAAACCCAAACUGCGAAGCAUGCUCGUCAAACACCACUCUCGUGUACAUAAAAGCCGAAGGCUCCCACAACACCAUACACCAGCUCUGGGACUUCACGCAGGGGACUCCGACUAUUAUCUUCGCUGUCUCUGGUGUCAACUCGUCACUGCAAGUUGAAUGGGCACAUGACAGGCCUGUCAAAUUCAAUAUGUCUGAAGACCCGAGUUAUAGCUUUGCUAUGGCUAUUUCUGAUAUAUACGAAUACAACGAUCUAGAAGACAGGGGCCAUCCAAACAGCAGCACCAAGUUCAGGCAUUACCCUCUAAAAGAGCUGAACUGGGCGCGGCAAGAAAGUGUGCUGACUGAGCAAGAGGCUAUGGUCGUGAUGCAGACGGAGAAGUACAGUCGUCAUAGGAACGGGACUGUCGCUAUAAAGCUCGACCUCCUACCAUUCCGUGACUACGCAGUACAACUACCUCACCUCAUCCACACAGCCAACUCAACAUUCAUAGACGUCCAACUAGCCAACCUGACGCAAACGCGCGACUUUAACUCGUCGCGAUUCGCGCUGCGACUGAUCUUAGUCGCGUCGGACGAGAACGGUACAUUGUCCCGGCGCGUGGAAAAGAGUUUAGACGACGAGCACACGCCCGGGGUGUUCGAGAUCAUCGAAAUCAAAACGCCCCGGUGCGUCACCACCGGCGCGGGCGGCUACAUGCAGUUCCGACCCGUCGCGUAUAUACAGAAGGAACGCAGCGUCACCUCGUCCACCGUCGUACACGUGUCGGAUUUCAACAGUACACACAUAGUUCCGCCAUCCACGUUGACCCGUUUCUAUCCUGACAUCAACGAGAUGCUGAUAGAAGACAUGAUUGUGUCAUUCGGCGAGCCACAGGACGGGUUCUACAGGCAACACAACUAUACUGCUUGGUCCACAACAUUCGGCUACGGCGCUCCACCCGUCGAAACCUUCUCUCUAUUCGUCAUCCUAGUCAUCACCGUCGGGUUGUCCGUGCCGAUCCUACUCGCGCUCUCGGGCGUAGCGUACGUGGUGGCGCGGCGUUGCCGGCGCGGGCGCGGGCGCGGGAGCGAGACCACUAGACUGCGGGAGCGGGACGAGUGACUAGCGGGCUUCAGGCUGCUGAGCCAGGACGAUGUCGAGGUGGACGCUUGAAUUAUUUGUGAAAUAAUGGCGGAGAAACCGCCCGAGGCGCGAGACGAUUAGAAAGUGCAAAAGUUACGUGAGUGGCGCGGUCGCCAUGUGAGGUUGCGUUCAGUUUAGUUGCCUAAUAACCUGUUUUAUUAGGGUUCCGUACCUAAAGGGUAAAAACGGGACCCUAUUACUAAGACUCCGCUGUCCGUCUGUCUGUCACCAGGCUGUAUCUCAUGAACCGUAAUAGCUAGACAGUUGAAAUUUUCACAGAUGAUGUAUUUCUGUUGCCGCUGUAACAACAAAUACUAAAAAGUACGGAACCCUCGGUGCGCGAGUCCGACUCGCACUUGGCCAGUUUUUUUUUUGGUAUAUAAUAUACCGCGUACCGGAAGACGAGCUGUCAGUAGACCUCUAACAAGAUGGAGCGACGACCUGAUGAAGGUCGCGGGAAUUCACAAGAUUGGUCGGAGUGGCGAGCCUUGGGGACCUCUAUCGGCUGACAUGAUGAUGAUAAUUAUAAUAUUUUGUAUAUAAGCAUACGCGCAUGAUGCUAAGCGGAUACCGCAGUGUAUGAACGCUAGUUUGUAUUUGAAAACAUCGAGGACAAGGCACUAACAAAUAUUUAUAUGCUACUUUAUUGUCACGGCGUUAGUGCAUUUUUUGAAAACAAAUUUGAUGGUGACUUUAUUAUUGAAUUCUGUUGUGUUAAGGUAGAGUUAUAUAAAAUAUCAACGAUACUUAUAGCUGAUCUCUCUUAUUGGAUAAUUUAAUGGUAACAUUUGGGAAUUCUUCGUCUGCGCGUUUUAAAGGCGGAUUAUGUGUUUAUCCCUAAUGGAUGGAUGGACUAACUAAAUUGUUGCUAUAAAUAAAUACAAAUAGCUAAUUUUGAAUAAUCUAAAAACAUGUAUAAAUGUAUGCCUAUUGAAGUAAUUGUCAUAGAUAAUCACUUCGGUCUUACAUGGUAGAAAUGUAUAUAAAUGAAUUGAAAUGUAUAUUUACUGUAAAAAAUAUUUAGUCGAGUAAAGUGAUGUUCCUUAUUAUUUUUUUGUAAAAUAUAUCAUAUAAUGAAAUGAAUGAAUAUACUCAAAGAUACACAUGUACUAAGGCAGUAAUAACACUAAUAAUUUUUUGAACAUUGAGAGAAGUUAUGUACCUAUUAUAUAAAUACUACUAUCCUGUCUCAAACUGUCUCUAUACCAAAUUUCAACUAAAUCGGUUGAGCGGUUUAAGCGUGAAGAGAACAGACAGACACACUUUCGCAUUUGUAAUAUUAGUAUGAAUUAGUGUGAGUGGAUAUAAAAAGUGCCUGCAUUGUGUAUAAAUGUGUAUAAAGAGUAGAGUAAGUCACUAAAUACUUAUUUUUAUUCAUAGUUUUUCGUUAAAAUAUUCUAUAAUCUUUUUUUUUAUUUGCAGACAAAAUCGAUAAUUAAAAAAAAUAUCAGCAUAAUCUACUAAUUCAUAAUUAACCGUGAAAAACUGUUAGAAAAUGAAGUUUUAUAUUUUUAUAUAAUAAUGAAUGUUAGAUUUUAAAUAAUAAAGACUAGAAAUUGAAUACUAUUAAACUUAAGUAGGUAUAGUAACUAUAGUAUAGCUAAUACUUCCACAAGAUAUAUCUGUCUAUAGUAUGUCUGAAAAUACUUUUAUUCCAAAUCCUAACAGAAUGUGAUGUUUUAGUAUUUUUAAAUUAAUUAGAAAACGAAAAAACUUUCUUCACUAAUUGGACUUGAUCUAAGAAAAGAUUGGGAACCACUGGACAAAAUGAUGGA